GCAAGUUUUCAUGUAAGAGUGGUCUUAGUGUUACCAAAAGUGACUUUGACUCCCAAUUUAUACUUCUUCCAUACUUGAAUGCUCAAAACACAGUGAGUUUAUCUUCAAACCCAAAUCCCCAAAUUAAUACACAAACCCUUUCUUGUCUCUUUCUCUACCUUCAAUGGAUUCUCCACCAAUUCCCACUCCUACAACCUCUUCACAACCUUCAAUGGAGACUCCUCCAAUUGUUACUGAAACUCCACAACCACAGCCACAGCCACAACCACAGCCACAGCCACAGCCACAAGCACAGCCACAGCCACAGCCACAGCCACAAGCACAGCCACAGCCAUUAGAGCCACCCUCUUCUUCCUCUCAAACUCCACAAUCACAACCAUUCCAAACACCUCAUACCAUUUCAUCAUCUUCUUCCCCAAUUCCAACCCCUAACCCUAACCCUAAUCCUAAUCCUAAUCCUAAUCCUAAUCCUAAUCCGAUCCCCACAAAUUUCCCUCAACAGCCACCUGCUAACAACAACAUUAGUACUAGGCCUCCAUUUAAUAGACCUUGGUCUCAACCCACUUCUCAAUUCUCUCAUUUCCCUUCUCAAUUUCAUUCUUCAUCUUCUUCUUCCUCAACUUCUACUCCUACUUCUACUUCAUCUCCAGGUGUUCCUCCUCCACAAAGAGUUGGCAUUGCUAUUGGUGUCCCAGCUUCUUCCGUUUCUUCUCAACCUUCUUCGUUUUCUUCCUCUUUUGGUGCUCACUUUGUUGGUCCACCUGCUUCGUCUCCCUCUCCGGCACGUCCAUCUAUUCAUGGAAUGCCGAGUAUGGGGAUGAUAGGCUCUCAAUUACGUCCCGGUGGGGUUCCACCUUCUGCUCUUCUUCAGCAAAGACCAGUCCAAGCAGCAUCAGGCAUUAGACCUCAGCCUGCAUCCAAUAGUUUGCCUUCUGCUUCCCAGAAUUUUCAAGGACAUGGCAUGUUGAGAGCUUCCUCUGUUUCUGCCUCGAGUACAUCAACACCCAGUACAUCACAAAACCAGCAGUCUCCACACCAGCCGUGGUUAUCUGCUCAACAUGGGCGCCCUCCUUUGCCAUCCCAAUCUAUCAGAACCCAAGUGAAUCCUCAAUCGUUACAGCAGAGAUCUCAUAUCCCUCAGCAAUCACCUCAGCUGUUGCAAGAAGCUUCACUGCCACAUCAAUUAUUGCCUUCUUCCCAACAGCCGCAACAGAUUCCAGCAUCAAAUCAAUCCCAAGACAAUCAUGGACAGCAGCUCUCGUCAGCUAGAGUUCCACAACCUUUAGCUAACCAACAACUCAUCAGGGUUCAGGGAUCAACGAAUCAGAAACCUCCUUCCCCAGCAAUUGGGCAAGCAAGCAUCGCCCCCUCUGGCCGCCCCACUGAAAAUUCAAAUGCUACUGAGAUAUCUGAAGCUUGUAGCACGAUCCUAAGCAAGAGAAACAUCCAGGAAAUCGUGAAUCAGAUUGAUCCAUCUGAGAAACUUGAUCCUGAAGUUGAAGAUGUUUUAGUUGAUAUUGCUGAAGAAUUUAUCGACUCGAUAACGACAUUUGGCUGUUCAUUGGCCAAACAUAGGAAGUCGAGUACACUGGAAGCAAAGGACAUACUGCUGCAUAUAGAUAGAACUUGGAACAUGACGCUUCCUGGAUUUAGUGGAGAUGAAAUCAGGACCUAUAAGAAACCAGUUGCUAAUGACAUACACAAAGAGCGCCUAGCUCUGAUAAAGAAAUCUCAUACUGGAGCUGAGACAGGAACGAAUAAAACCUCUGCCGGACCAGCUACAGGAAAUGUGAAAGGAAAUUUCACUAAAGCAGCUACCAAUGUUGUGGGAUCUUGAUUUCGGUACCUCCAAAAUGACAAUCCAACUCUUCAAGCUCAUCGGUUUUGGUCAUCAAAUGUAUCGGUGAUCAAAGUUAUAUGUCAAGCACUAACGAAAGCUUAUAAAUGUGUUUUUCUUUGAAGUACAGAUUACAGAAUCUGUUGUACAAAUGUUGUAUUUGUAGUCGCCCAUUAUUCUGACCGCUAUAGCUAAUAGCCAUCUCAUAUGCACUCAACGGUGAAAUCGUAAAGGAAAAGACGCUAAUUGACAAAUAAAAGCGAGAAAUUUGUCAAGUUCGAGAUUACUUGGCCCGAUAGAAUGAUAAUCUGGGGAGGAAAACGAAGAAUUCGAUGAUGUAUUUUGUAGCGAGUAAAUGGUGGGGGAGUUGGGAAUUUUUUUUAGAUGAUUCCUAUUAGUGUACUUGUUAACAUGUGAUGAACUUGUACCCAUUGUUGUGCUCUUUGUAUUUUGAGUAAAUUCUCUUCUGAUAGUGUUUCAAACUUACAAAAUUCACUGAAAUCUUUGUACUUUUCUUACAUUACAUGUUCUUUUUGGUAGUCUUUCAUAGAUAUAAUCUAAGUAACGGUAAUCGUGAUAUUAGUAAAUCACCCUGAUGUGGAACAAUGUAAUAAGUUGGGGGUUUUAUGAUUUUAAUAUAUCUUUUUUAUUUUAUUUAUUUUAUUAAUAUUUAUUUUGUCUUUUUAUGAUAAUUUACAAAUCACAGCGAUUGAUUCUUUCAGCUUCAAUCAA